GGCUCAGAAAAUAAAAUGAAUAAUGAGGAACAUGAAGAAGGGGUGGUGGUUAGGGAGAGAAAAGCAACUUCCUUUUCAACCAAAUACUGCCAACCCACUCUUUAACUAUUUCCCUUUUCAACCAUUGCUUAGAUGUUCUCUAAGCCUUCAUCUGCUAUGCCCACUUUUCCUUCUUCCAUGGUUUGCCUCUCUCUCUCUCUCUCUCUCUCUCUCUACUCUCCUUUCAUUUCAGAAAUCAUGGGGAAAUAAACAUAAUUAAUCUCCGAAAUAAACAAAACAUUUUUCGUGACAUUCGAUGAAUGAUAUGAAGGUGAGAAGUGGGUUGUGCGUGUGGCCAAAUGUGAGACAACUUUGCUUUAGAAAAGGCAUUCUAUAUGGGUUUAUGCGAUUGUUUUCUACUCCGUUGAAAACGCUGCGUGGAGCUAGCCGCUCGCUGAGAGUGGCUCAAUUUUGCAGUGUUGCCAAUAUGUCUUCCUCAUUGCAGAUUGAAUUGGUACCUUGCCUGAAGGACAAUUAUGCAUAUCUGUUACAUGAUGUAGAUACGGGUACAGUUGGUGUUGUUGAUCCUUCUGAAGCUGUGCCUGUCAUAGAUGCCUUGAGUAGGAAAAAUCGAAAUUUGACAUACAUACUCAACACUCACCAUCAUCAUGAUCACACGGGUGGAAAUGUAGAAUUGAAAGCAAGAUACGGGGCAAAGGUGAUUGGUUCAGGAACUGACAAGAAAAGGAUUCCUGGCAUUGAUAUCCACUUGAGCGAUGGUGAUAAGUGGAUGUUUGCUGGCCAUGAGGUGCGUGUAAUGGACACUCCUGGUCACACCCAAGGCCAUAUAAGCUUCUAUUUUCCUGGAUCUGGGGCAAUUUUUACUGGAGACACUUUGUUCAGCUUAUCAUGUGGCAAGCUCUUUGAAGGAACCCCACAGCAGAUGCUAUCUUCUCUUAAAAAGAUCAUGUCUUUGCCAGAUAAUACAAAUAUAUACUGUGGACACGAGUAUACAUUGAAUAAUACAAAGUUUGCAUUGUCUAUCGAACCUGAAAACGAGGAACUUCAAUCCUAUGCUGCCCAAGUAGCUUACCUUCGAAGUAAAGGCCUGCCCACGAUUCCCACCACACUGAAGAUGGAAAAGGCUUGUAAUCCAUUCCUUCGUACAUCCAGUGCUGCAAUCCGGCAAUCACUAAACAUUGCAGCCACAGCAAAUGAUGCAGAAGCCCUUGGUGUCAUCCGGCAAGCAAAGGAUAAUUUUUAGAUUUUUGACUUACAAUAUUUUGAACGUUUGAAGAAACUUGUUCUAUGUAGGGUAGGAUAUAAAUCCAUCCGUGGAAUAAUAUAUGCUUGAUGCUAUGUUCUCGAUGUAUAUGAUUUCAGAAAUUUUGGUUCUAUUUGGAAGUGUGUGUACUUGGUGCCUAAGAAAGUUGUGGUGCGAUUUAGAGGGGUACAAUGCACACAUGACACUCACUCAGUGUUCUGUUCAGUUGAGGAUGUGUGGCGGGAAGAAGGGUAGCUAGAAGUUUAAAGUAAACUCCUUGUCCUUGGCCAAUGGCCACCCACCCCACUUCCCUCAGAAGAACAAGAACCUUGUAAAUGUAUGGGUCUGUACUCUGGACUUAGAGCGCGUAUAUUUGGCUUCUUCAGGAUCUAUCUGCAAGUCUCAACAUACAAAUAAAAUAAAUCAAUUAGUAAUAUAAAUUAUACUAUUUUAUAAA